UGCAUAGUUUUGUAAACCACAAAAGCAGCAUCAGUUUAGAGAGAAGAUUUACAAACAGCGAACAACACACAUUAUUUAUUUUAUUAUAAACAAUUUUAAAAUUUCGUUUAUAUUAAAAAAAAAAUUAAAAUUAAUUUUGUGUUAUUAAAAUUGAUUUACUAAUAGUGCUCUGAAUUUGUUGUUGGAUGGUGUCGGGAAGAUUUUGAAUCUCAAAAAAAAUGGUGUAUAGUUUUUCAUUUAAAUUUCCUGUUUGCGCUCAUCCAAAUCACAUAAGAAAUAAAUCAUAAUCGGAUACAAUUUUUUUUUUCUUAUUUUAAUUUAAUAUUUUUAUUUUGUGAUAUUUAUUGUUUUUGAAAAUUUUAAAAAUAUUAUGGAAAUAGUUGGGGACUGUUGGUUUUUGUUGGGAAUAUUUUAUGUUGUUUGUGUUAAUUCUGUGGUUGUUUCAAAACAUCAACAGGGCCAUUUACAAUAUAAUGAUUUUAUUCAACAGCCACAACAACAAAAUGAUCAAUUAUUGCAGCGUACAAUACAAAAUUCAACAAUAAUUAAUAAGAGUCAUUUAAAUGAUGAAUCAAAUUUUGCACCAAACUGGACGCAAUGGUCACACUGUAAUAAUCAUUGUAAACAAAUUAGAGAAAAACAUUGUAUAAAUCAACAAAAAUGUGCUGGGCAUGUAUUAAAAGAGGAACGCCAUUGUCUGCACACAAUAAAAUGUUUACAGCAUCAUCGUCGGCGUAGUAAUGCACAACCAGGAAAUAGUAAUCAAUCAAAUCGUGAAACUUUACGUACAUUGCAUAGAUAUUCAAAUAAUAAUGAUAUUUUUACAACAUCAUCGCCAACACCAACAUAUCCUGCAUAUAUAUAUUCUACAAGACGAACAAAUAGACCAUUAAAAACUCAACAACGUCAACAUAGUACAAUUUUACCAACUAGGGUAACGCCAACAGUUACAACACAAUCAACGCUAUCGUCAACCUUAAAUUAUAACAAUGCUGGAGGUUACACCUUAAACAUAAACAAUGGCCGAUUAACUACACCAAAUUUACCAUACACUAAUCGUCAUAGAUAUCAAGGUUAUUCCAUGGCACGGAUGCAACAGCAACAACAACAAUCAAAUAGUGCCAUUAUUGACAACAAUAAUCGAAAUCAAUUGAAUAAUGAUUUACAUUCCGCACAACAUACUUCCGCCCAACAUCAUCGCCAUGAUCCAGGACAUGUAUCACGUGCGUACGAUCGCGUGAUAAAGCAAUCAAAGCAUGGUAUACGUGGUAAUGAUAAUGCAAAUAUUACGAUACUUAGACGUAGUUUAUAUACGAAAUGGAGUAAUUGGACCAAGUGUACUCGAAGCUGUCAAACACAACGGUUCAAACAUUGUAAAAAGAAGGGAACAUGUAAGAAAAAUGUGAUAAAAGAAACAGCAUAUUGUUAUGUGGAAGGCAGUCCAUGUCAUCGAUGGAUUGCUGAUCAUUUUGGUAUUAAUUAUGACGACGAUAGCGAAGAAGAAGAUUAUGAUUACAAAAUCAACUAUGAUCAACAGUAUGAUUAUAAAACUGACGACAUACCAUGGAAUUUACGGAGCAAUUGUGGUAUUGCAUUAAUAUCAAAUUCAUAUACAUGGCCAAUGUUACGAAUUGUUGGUGGACAUGCGAGUGUAAAAGAUAAAUGGCCCUGGCAAGUAGCGAUUAUGAAUAAGCAUAAAGUUCCAUUUUGUGGUGGGACAUUAAUUUCACCUCAAUGGAUACUAACAGCAGCACAUUGUUUAAGGAAACAUUUAUACGUAAGAAUCAAUGAUCACGACAUUUCAUACAAAGAUGGAACUGAAUACGAAUUUCGAAUACAAAAAAUGGUAUCACAUCCCGAAUAUAAUCCCGAAACGGUGGAUAAUGAUGUUGCGUUACUGAAACUUCCAUUUGAAAUAUCCCAAACUUUCGCGUGUUUACCCAGACAUAAUCAAACCUUACCAUACAAUAUGAUGUGUACAAUUACGGGAUGGGGUAAGCGAGGUGCAAAAGACGAACAUGGAACAAAAAUUUUACAUGAAACUGAGGUUCCAAUUGUACCACGUUCCGAAUGUCGAAACGCUCAUAAAAAUUUACGUAUUACGUCCAAUAUGUUCUGUGCUGGUUUUAAACAUGGUGGUCGUGACACAUGUGCUGGGGAUUCAGGUGGACCAUUAGUAUGUCAAAGUAAACCAGCUGAUACUGUAACAGGAUUAAAACCAUGGGUGGUGCAUGGUAUCACAAGUUUUGGAGAAGGUUGUGGACGAAAAUCCAAAUAUGGUGUUUAUAUUGCUGUUGAUAAUUAUGUAAAAUGGAUUCAUGAAGUUAUAAAAAAUAAUUAAUAAAUUUUUAAAACUUUUGUU